AUGACUCAAGUAAGCUACAGUGAUGUCAGCAUGGACAAGAUCAAUAUUAAUCUUGAUGCCAUCACUGAACCACAGCAUGAGCCAGAGGAUAUCCAUAUGGAGAUUGGAGAGGGAAUAAGCGACAUUAAUGUGACCAGUGCACAUAUGGUCAGUGUUGUAAUCUUUUUUAUGAACAGGGUCAAGUCAUUGCAUGUGCAUGACAAUGCUUCUAUCGCUACUAUUACCCUGAUGGUUUUGACAGCAGAAGGUAAGGGGAUCACGUGGUCUGAUCUGAAGAGGUUCCAAAUCAGUAGAUGCCCCAAAGUGGACACUGUCUUUCACACAAAUUAUGCUACCAUCUGCUUCGAAACACUGGAGGAAUUUUCAGCCUAUGACCUCAUGAUGGCCCGUUGUAUUUGGAGCAGAGGAGAGAUGAACGCUACUACAAACAAUGCUUCCUUUGCCAAACUGAGGAGCAUGCACCUCUACUCCUGCCCAAGGCUUGUGUUCGUGCUUCCAUUGUCAUGGGCUGCUUCUGGCUCACACCUGCCUAGCCUGGAGAUCCUACACAUCGUAUGCUGCGGAGAACUCGUGCAGAUCUUCCCCGUGGAGGCAAAUGCUCUAACCAAAAUCUCCACUGGAAAUCCAAGUGGUGUGCCGAAUUUCCCUAAUCUGAAACACAUCCACCUGGAUGAUCUUCCCAAGCUGCACACGAUAUGCGAAGCCAGCAGGAUGUUUGCUCCUGAGCUUGAGACAGUCAGGGUGAGGGGAUGCUGGGGCCUCAAGCGCAUCCCGGCCACCCAUGGCAGCCGCCCGGUGGUCGUCGACUGCGAGAAGGAUUGGUGGGAGAAGCUCGAGUGGGAUGGGCUGGAGGUUGGCCACCAUUGCUCCCUCUUUGAGCUGCACCACUCCAAGUAUUACAGGAAGGCCCUGCCCAGAGGUUCUGUUCUCUGGUGAGCCAACCUCCCGAAGACGUAUUGGCGGCCAAAUUGUCAAGAUUUCCUGACGGAUCGACGAUGCUGUUUGACUGCUUUGUGCGGCAUGUUCCUGAUGUUGCAGUGGCUUCAGUGCUUGUUUGUUAUCUCGAGAAUAAUUUGGUGCUUGAUGCACUUGCUUGUAGAUUUGCGUUGCAUAUUAUUGUGUGUGUCUUUCAUGGGACUGAUGUAAGUGUGCUACACAUAUUCCAUUGUAUGGAUUUCUUCAUGAUGUAUGUGCUUCAAAUAAGAGGAUCCUGUGGCUGCCUGUGGUGUGCCC